GUCGGCUUUUUUUUAAAUGCAUAAAUAUUCGAUGACACAAUUAUUUAUUUUUGUAAAAUAAUAUGGGAAGAAAUGCAUAUAACUCAUCUUUGUGCAUAACAGAUACUGACAACCUCUGGUGGUUUAAAAUUUAUGUGGGUCCUGUAUAAUAUGUGAAAUCAUAACAACUCCAAGAUGCAUCCAAUAUCACUUAUACUUCGUGUUAGCAAUGGAAAGGAUCCAUAUGGAAAGAGAGGUUCAGAGAUCGGAGGCAUACAAUUGAAGGCUACCUCUGAAACUUUAUCGCCAAAAAUGGUUGUGGAUUUUGUCGCCGGACUUUUGGGAGGUGCUGCUGGCGUUCUCGUUGGUCACCCAUUCGAUACCGUGAAAGUCCACCUGCAAACCGAUGAUCCUCGUAACCCCAAAUACAAAGGCACAUUGCACUGCUUUCGGACGAUACUGCAAAGAGACAGCUUCAGAGGACUGUAUCGAGGAAUUAGCAGCCCCAUGGGUGGAAUUGGACUGGUGAACGCCAUUGUUUUCGGGGUAUACGGAAAUGUUCAGCGAUUGUCUAACGACCCCAAUUCACUGACGUCACACUUUUACGCGGGCUCUAUCGCCGGCGUAGCCCAAAGUUUCGUUUGUGCACCCAUGGAGCUGGCCAAAACGAGGCUACAAUUGUCGUCGCAGAUUGAUGGGGGACUAAAAUUCACAGGACCCAUUCACUGCCUCAAGUAUAUUCUAAAAACCGAGGGAAUCAAAGGCGCCUUUAAGGGACUUACUGCCACGAUUCUAAGAGAUAUUCCAGGUUUUGCCGCCUAUUUCGUGUCCUUCGAGUUCUUCAUGCGGCAGGUGGAAACUCCGAGCAUUCCGUAUACUCUAACCGCCGGAGGAUGUGCGGGCAUGUCCUCCUGGUUGGCCUGCUAUCCCAUCGACGUGGUGAAGACCCACAUGCAAGCAGAUGCCCUGGGAACGAACGCCAAAUAUAAUGGAUUUGUCGAUUGCGCAAUAAAAGGCUUUAAAAACGAAGGCCCGCAAUUUUUUUUCCGCGGUCUAAACUCCACCUUGAUCAGAGCAUUUCCGAUGAACGCCGCCUGCUUCUUUGUGGUGUCCUGGGUCCUGGACUUCUUUAACGCCAAGACGGGCAUGGAUUCCGUGGUGAACUCCGAUCAGCCACUUACUCUGGUGAACCUGGACAAUAAGAGCCAAGCGGACCUGGAGACGACGGCGCCAACGGUUGAGGAAGUUGUGCGGAAAAUAAUAACGGACAAUGCCCUAUCUCAUCAGUAUGUGUCCACACCUCAGGAAGUCGUUCAAAACCACUAUACAAGUAGCACAAUAAACAUUUCCAAAGAAUCGAAAUCCCGUUUAGCAUCCGAUUGUAAUUUAAAAUAAAUCAAAUUUUUUAGUACCUUU